CCUUGUUUCUUUGUUCGAUGGUAAUUUAGUUAUUUAUUUUUUGUAGAACGUCAGUAAAACAUAAAGGAAAAUCUGCCCUCCGUCCUGUAAUAUUUGGGAAAAUGUUAGGCUUUGUAGGAUAUCUCGUCUUGCCUCUCGCGCUCCCUCCUUCCUAGGCAUUGAAAAAGUGCUGGAAAUUUGAAGAUUUAUAAAUGCACUGGUGUGUGUAUGUGUGUGUGAGUGUUAUUGCUAGUUAUCUCUCUCUCUCUCUCUCUCUCUCUCUCUCUCUCUCUCUCUCUCUCUCUCUCUCUGUGUCAGUAGUUGCACAGGUCUUCAAGGGUAUUUUUACGGUUUUAGUGACAGAUUAACAACAUUUCUACAUUAAUAACAGGAGAAACACCAUUGAAAACCCUGAUAAUCAUCUUUAUAGCUUUGAAAAACAGUCGUGAGGAGAGAGAGAGAGAGAGAGAGAGAGAGAGGGAGUAGGAGCAUUUCAGUUGAGCCUAUUCUGCCCUGGUUCGUGUUUGCUGCGGUGACACGGUGCCGCACUGAGUGAAGAUUGCGUUCAUAAUCACUUAUCGGGGGUGGAGUGGGGAAAGGAUAGUCAGGAAGUGAGGAUAUUUAUAUUAUUUGACAUAUUAUUUGAUAGCAUGUCAACUUUUGUGUGUGUGUGUGUGUGUGGGUGGGUGUUGGAUCAGUGACAGGUGGCGCUGGGGAGUUACCACGGCGAGCGGCUGGCUGGCUGCAGUGUUUUGGUCAGCACUGGUCGAUCUUGCCCUACACGCUCUAUUAACCAGUGUUUCCGUCUUCCCGACACCUUCUUCCUGCACCAAGCACCGUCAAGCAUCACCAGAAAGGCACGAGAACGUAAGCUAUCCAACAUCAGAACAGUAUAUGAAUAUGGCAAAUGCUGUUUUAACAUCAUUUCCUGCCAUCCUGAGAAACAGUGAUCUCGAGGAGCAUGAAUUGCAGCUGCAAUGGAAAUUGCGCAUCCAGCGCAAGUUUCAGAAUUCAAGAAAGAGGCAGGAUUCCUCAGUGACUGAGGUGACGUCAAGGAAAAAGAAGAUCCCUUGCAUAGUGCCAAAAGAGACUACGUGUCCACUGAUGUAUGGAGUAAAGGCUUACCUUCCACCAAGGCCCCAUUCAGAAGAUGAUGAGUCAUUAGAGAGACAUAGACAGUGGCUUGCUCUACAUUGGAUGAAGAAAGAUCCCGAGUUAGAUAAGGCUGAACGCCUCAUGCAGUUGACACUCUCUGAGAGACGCAAAAAAAUAAUCAAUGGGAACAUUCUUGUAGCAGAAAUCCUGAACUUGUACCCGUGGAUUCAGACUGUUGAUGGCAUAAUCAAGGAGUUCCUGAGAUUAGAACCACAAGCGGAUGAACCAAACCCAAGAGUAGGAGUUUUGAAAGGGCUGGAGAAAUAUAGGCUUCCAAUAAUUGCCAUUCUCAAAAAAAGAAAAGGAGUUCCUCUGUAUAUGGAAACCUUACUUGAACUCUAUGACCACGAUGAAAGUCAAUGCGAGUACCAGAAGAAGAACUAAGAACAGGGCAGUCUAGUGUGUAUUUGAUGGUGCACCUGUAGCUGAACCAACAUGUAUUUCUAUGGCUGUAGUCUCAUUGGUAGCAGGGCUUUGUGUUUAAUACUGAACACCCAAAAAAUUGUGAACAUUUCCUCCGUUUCACAACAUCCCAUCUCUUAGGUAUCAAGUAUGACAAAGGUAACACUUCAAAAACAAGAUCUCUACUUGUAAAACUCAAUGAAGUAAAGACAGAAUUGAGCUACAAAAAUGCAUAAAUCUGCUUCCAAAUAUAUUCAACUCCACACAUAAUGCCUCUCUCUCUCUCUCUCUCUCUCUCUCUCUCUCUCUCUCUCUCUCUCUCUCUCUCUCUCUCUC